UUAAAACUGGUGUUAUUUCUAUCGCUAUCGCUAUUCCUUUCAUUGUGCAAGGGGCUUUAUAAUUCACUGGGUCGCAUUCGUGCUAUGCAAAAACAAGACAGCUAUGAAAUAAUUUUUUUUGGGCAAUUUGUUAAUUUCUUUUGACUGAAAUGAUUGAAGAGCACGACGAACGUGAAACAAUAUGCGAUUCAGUAAAUUCAUUGAUUGAAGGCUGUCGUUUGCCAGUUCGUAUGAGUGGCACGGAUGAUUGGCCACUUGCUGAAAUUAUCAGUGUCAAAGAAGUAGAAGGCAUCAAAUGGUAUUAUGUUCAUUAUGUAGAUUUUAAUAAAAGAUUAGAUGAAUGGGUCUCUGAAGAUUUCUUGGAUACUAGAAAGGUUCAAUAUCCUCGUCGUGAUGGAAUUACACCAGGAACUGGUGCAGCAACACCAAAAAAACAAGCAGCUAGUAGACCUCCUAGUCCUAGUAGUGCUAGCAAUGAACCAGUUAAUGGUUCGGCAGUUUUACAAGCUGCUUUACAAAAGAAAAUGUCUAGGAAAAGAAAAGCUACAUUUCCAGAAAACGAAGAUUCUCAGGAUGGUCCACCUCAAACGCCAGGUCCUAGACCUACUGGUUCUUUAGUGGCACAUCAUCAUGAUGAUGUAGUGACGAGAAUGAAAAACGUAGAGUUAAUUGAACUAGGCCGUCAUAGGAUAAAACCUUGGUACUUCAGUCCGUAUCCGCAAGAAAUGGUGAAUUUAUCUUGCAUAUAUAUUUGUGAGUUCUGUCUAAAAUACAGAAAAAGUCGUAAAUGUUUGGAAAGGCAUUUAGUAAAGUGUAAUUUACGCCAUCCACCUGGAAAUGAGAUAUACAGAAAAGGAUCUAUAUCGUUUUUCGAAAUUGAUGGACGCAAGAACAAGAACUAUGCACAAAAUCUUUGUCUUCUGGCAAAGUUGUUUCUAGAUCACAAAACUCUCUAUUAUGAUACGGAUCCAUUUUUAUUUUAUGUAAUGACAGAUUUCGAUAGCAGAGGUUUUCACAUAGUUGGUUACUUUUCGAAAGAAAAAGAAUCUUCAGAGGAUCACAAUGUAGCCUGUAUUCUGACACUGCCACCAUAUCAAAGAAGAGGUUAUGGCAAACUCUUAAUAGAAUUUUCGUAUGAAUUAUCAAAAUUCGAAGGAAAGACUGGCUCUCCCGAAAAACCUUUGUCUGAUUUGGGUUUACUCUCGUACCGAAGUUAUUGGGCGCACACAAUACUCGAUAUUCUACUGAACAUAAAGCCUGUGGUAGAGAAUGAAAAACCACAGAUAACAAUAAGCGAAAUUUCCGAAUUGACGUCGAUUAAGAAAGAAGACGUGAUAUCAACUUUACAAAAUUUGAAUCUCAUCAAUUAUUACAAAGGACAAUAUAUUGUAACGUUAAAUAGAGAAAUUAUUGAACAGCACAUGGCCGCAAUGGAAAAGAGGCAAAUUAGAAUAGAUCCUAAGUGUCUGCAUUGGACUCCUAAAGACUGGAGUGUUAGAGCAAAAUGGUGAAAUGAAACUGUAAUUCUCUUGCGUUAUGUACUUGUGUCGCAAUCAUCUACGAGUUCGUCGACUUAUGCAGGUUGUUAUAACACAAAUCAAGGCACAAGUAACUCAAAAACUUUAUCUAAAAACAUCUGCAGUAACAGCAUAUUUUAGGAUCGGACGUUUAAUGUUUUAAUACGAUAGCUAGCUGUUUUUAAAAAAUACAUGAACUCUAAUGCGAUAGUUCGAUUUAUACAAGUAACUUACUGAUCUUGUAUUGAAUUGUAAAUAAAUGUGAUUUUAUAUAAUUUUUUUUCUAUAACUCAAGUAUAUCUAAGUGUGAUAGGAAAACGUUUGUAUAAGUCCUCAACAUUUGGAUAUUUGUAGUCUGAUCUUAAUAUACAAAGACAAAUGAAGA